CACUCCUCCCUCCUCUGCUUCUCACAUUGGUUUCCCCUGACAUGACACAGGCUCAGUUGAUAACUUAGAAACAGACAGGAGGGGACGUCCUAUUGUGUGUCCUGUACUUGUCUUCUCUCCAUGAGGUGCAAGGAGGCGGGAGGCUUUUUGAGUGAGUUUUUCUCCUGACAAUUCUUUGGGGAAAAGAGCAUUGUUCAUUCGAGGAUUCGUCUUGUUUUUCCUCUCAUUCUGAACUUCUGAUACUGGACUUUGCAGUAGAUGAGGUGAGAUAUCUGUAUUGUGUUGUGAUUCUUGUCACAGUAUGCCCAUCUAGACUACACUGCAGAGCUAUCAAAAACCAUGUCUGAGGGUGUUGUCAGAAAAAUCCAGCCCUUUACCAUUGGGACCAGGCUGUCUGUCCCCUCUGAAGCCAAAUGCCAGGAGAUUGUGGAUGUCUAUCUGCCGAAGUCUGCUGCUCCGAACAAGUUGGAGCUGCAGAACAACCUACACGACCAAAUGUCCCUUUACGUGGGCCAGUCCCAGGGAUGGCCUGAGACUGGGAACUCGGAACUCCCACAAGUGGCCGCCCAGGUCUACGCUUCAACACCAGAGGGACAUCAGGAUGAGAGAGUGGAGGAGGACAGGAAUUCUGUGUCCCCCACUGCAUCCUCUAGGUCCAUCAGGAAGAUUGCUAUUUGCAGGAAUGCCGAGACAGUCCCCGACGUGUCCUUGUGUGACUCUGACCUGGCCACCUCAGUCAGUUCCACGCCGGAGACCAUCCGAAGCAACAGUCUUCACCCAAAACCGCCAUCCUUGAGAGUAGAGGAUGACUUGGAUAAGAUGUCCAACUCUCAGUCUAAGGAUGGACAUCAGUACGAGACGCUUGACGUGGAGACCGACCACAAGGGAGAGAAGAGGAAGAGACUGCAACAGAUAGAAGGCAACAAAGUCCCUUCCCGAGAAAACACAGUUAACCAAACCUGCCUGAGGUUCCAGUCACUGUUAAGAAACUAUCACCAAGACCUCAAACUGGCUCUGGACGUCUCCUCCUUCUACCAACAGGCUGACAACAUCAUCUGCACCAUCAACAGGAAGAGAAGCGUCCUGACUGGAUCUGAUAACCAGGGGAGCUGCGGUCAGACAGAGAUCUACAAUAUUGCCAGCCAAAUCACGAUGCUGAACGAGACUGUUUCACGCCUUUCGGACCUCCACCCUACCCUGGCUGCCAGAGUGACACGGAAGCAGGCUGAGGUGCAGGAGAGUUGGGGCCUUCUCCAGGAGAGUAGCGGGAGCGAGUGGCCAGAUUUGCCCACCACCCUUGCCAUAGACGUCUCCUGUGAUGAACCUGGCCCACUGAGUCCAACCAGAGAUACGGAACAUGAGGCCCAGAGGAUCAUAGGAAAGGACUUCAAAGAGGAACAGAACCCUCUCAAAGGGUUCGAGAACAUGAAAGACUGUGGGGUCCCCAGGAAGCUGACUGUUAGUCAAGUUGAAGAACAGCCUUCCAAAAGCUAUGCCCGAGUCUCCUGUGACACCACCAGCAAUGACUUGACUGGAAGACUGUGUGUGGAGGGGCAAAGAAAGGACCAGACAACCCAUUUGAACACUUGUUUUCCAGGUUGCCAAUCAGAACUUGGUAUUCAGUUGCAAAAUUCUACCACAUCUGCUGAUAAGACUCUGUCAUGGCUGAAAGACAACCUUGCUAUGUCAACCCCCAGCCACCGCAGAGCCAGUCUGAGUGGUCCAGAGGAAAAGCCAGAGUCAACACAAGGCCAGCACCAAGAUUGUGUGAAGAUGGAAGACCUCCUUGGCCAAGUGGAAACGCUAUGGGAAGUUCUGAGGAGAAGACUUCAUAGAAGCAUGAUUUAUUCAAACAGCUCUGAGAGGCUCAAGUUUGAGAGGGAUGACAAUCAUGAGACAGACAAGGAUCGGCUCGAGGGAUGCCUUUCAGAAUACAGUGCAACCACGGAAAACGCAGAAUUCUGGAGCGUCUCAGAUGUCAAGGAUCUCUCUGAGACAUUGGAGGAAAACGACAGAGGAAUGCUGACAGAGCUGCUGAGGUGUCUUGACCAGGAUGAAAACUGUGAUCAUUGUGAGGUAGAGCAACAGACCCUUACUGGACAAAUGGAUGACCAAGGGUGCAUGGACUACCCUAUGGAGGACCUUGGUGAAGCAGUGGAGAAAAGAGGACAUUCCCUCUGUCAAAGUCAAGACACCCAAGAACUUAUGAGACAGCACUCAACACUGACGCUGCGCAUCAACCAGCUCUUGUCCAGGUGUGCAGAGUUCAGCAUGGACAUUCUGGACACUGAGACAGACAUGGCCGUCAGAUGUGAGCCCUGUAGUUCUGAACUCGAGGGACUGCAGGAGCAACAGGAUGAGCUAGAGAGGGACUAUCAGGUCAUAAAAGAGGAGGUGGAAGAGAUGGAGGGACUGGCUUUGCGACUACAGGUCCUCCUACUUGAAAUGCCAGGGGCUUUGGGGGAGGACAUCCAUGUGACCCAGCAAGCUUGGGAGGAGUUGGGCUUGAGCAUGGCAGAGAACCAAUGCAACCUCCAACAAUUUCAGCAACUGCAAGACUUUCUUAGGGCCUACCUGGCCAUGAUCUCAUGGACAGAGGACACACAGACUUGCAUUUUCUCAGAGGCUUCAGCCCAGCAGUGGAGAUUGGCAGAAUCGAGUGUUCAAUCUGAACUGGAUCUGAGGAUAGAGCAGAAGUUUGACGAGUUUGACAAGCUCGCUGCUGCUGGGCAGAAGAUUAUCAAGGAGCGACAUCACUUGGCAGAUAUUAUAAAGGAGAGGACUGAGGAAUUGCAAAGCAUUCUGGGAUGGAUCCUGGUAUACUGGAGGGCACAGAAAGACCAGCUGGGUCAGGUGAGGCCAAGCGAUUCAAGAAGAAGUGAUGCCCCUCAAGGAGACGCAACCAGAUUUUCACAAGGUCAACCCCAGAAUCUAUCCUCUCUGGCAGAACACAAGUCCUCUGAAAGCCUGUCCACAAAGCACAGGCUCAUGGUGGCGAGCCAGUUUGGAGGACCACAAAAAUCCCAACCAGGGAUAGGUCACCAUGCAGAAAACUUUGCCAAGCCAGUAAACGUAACACGACACGUCCCCUUGGCUGUGGUAGUCAACUCGCCCAGCAUUAUCCUUGAAGAGCCCUGUGCUACUGUCACCCCACUGGGCAGCAGCAUCAACCUCAUCCUCAGUUUUGACCAACAGCCACCAGGGGGCGGUCUGCAACAGGGGCCAGUGGAGCCAAAGCAGGCAGUGGAACCUGUGCAUAGGGUGAGCACCUAUCUGCAAGUCACAGAUGGAAGUCCUGUUUUUGAAGACGUGGCAUCGUCUCAUGUUACUGACACGAGCCACGUGUCAACCACCUUUUCCACAAGCUCAAUCAACGCUACUUUCAUUCCCCAAGUCAGGACUGUCUUGCUCCCCACCUUACCCAGCACCAGUUCCACCUCUACCUUAAACCUGAAGGGACCGAUGAAGAGGAGGAAGAAAAUGACACACAGACACACUGUGACUGGAAUUGUCGCAAUGCCCAAGCCAGAGGGGGUUACUACCGCGCCCACCAAUGUCAAACACAGGGCUUACACCUGGCCACUGGAGGAUAAGAAGGAAUGUCAUGCCACACAAGGGAGUCCAGGUAAUACAGAACUCCAACUGUAUAUCAAACAUAAUUCUGUGGUGAGUGUCAUGGAUGGCAACUCUUCAGGCACGUCAAGCAUUCCUACCAUCCAGGGGCAUUUCUUGCAUGGGCCCAGUGAGAUGACCAUUAGGCAAGACAAGAGCCACUAUGGCAUUAUCCAUCUUGGGUCGAUGUUGAGUUUUGACCUGCCCAAGGAUUGGGGGAAAAUCUCACAGAUAAGUGCAAAAGACCUCACAACUGAGAAAGUGCCUUUUGAAGCCAAUGGGGACCAUGCCAGUCCACCUAUGAAUCUGUACAGACCGUCAGGCUCAAACACACUCGGUCAGACUCACGUAUCGUCCAAAGUAAUUGGACAGACUUUUACCCUCAGUCCAGAGAAGGAAAGGCAUCUUGAAGCUGAUGGGGACUAUAGACCGUCAGGCUCAAAUACACUCAGUCUAACUCAGAAAGUGAUUGGGCAGAAUUUCACCCUCAGUCCAGGGGAGGAAAGUAUAUGUGAAACAGGGGACUAUGCUGUUCAAAAUGGUUCACCUUUGAAUUUAUACAAAUUGGCAGACUCAAAUACACUCAGUCAGACUCACAAAGUGAUUGGACAUACUUUUGCCCUCAGUCCAAAAGAAGAAAAGAGCUGCGAAGCAGCUAGGCAGGACUCGCAGAAGGUCAGCUCAGAGUCUGUUUCUCUUUUGGUUCAGUGUCUCUCUCUACCUGAGAAAGACAACGUCUAUCACGACCUAAGAAGCGUCACAAGGAGUCCUGCCCUUGCUGCUGGACAUGAGAACAUUUUCUCCAGCACUGUUGGCAUCCACUAUGAGGAUAAGGUCGAGAUUUCCAUUCCAGUAGCUAUUUUGGACUCUAACAAGCAACGCACUGAACCAAACUGCAGCAGCUCGAUGAUGCAUGACCACGCCCGCACUGAACCAUCACAGAACCACAACUGUUUAAGUGUUCACACUAAGAUUCAAGACCUCAAUAACCACAUAUACUUCCCUUCUGCAAAGAGGCAAUUCGCUUUCCAAAGUGACCUUCGAGUUGUAGAGAUCAAGGGCUUGUCUGCUGUGUCUGAAGACUCCACAUGGAUGGGUGUGCGCAGGUCUGGACGAGUCAUUGUGUGCUCUGAGGACAACUGUUGCGUAUGCUCCGACAGUCCCGCACCUAUGAUGGUAUUGGAAAAAGAAACUUCACCCAAAAGAGAACCAGAUCAUAUUCAUCCUGAUCAUUGGCAGUUUGAGGAGGAGGAAGAGGAGCUGGAGGAUAUUUGGAAUUGCACAGCCCGGGAAAGAGCACCUUGAAUUAAUGUGGUCCAAAAAUCUGAGGUGGUGCCCAUGCCACACUGACGCACAGACCAGUGACCAACCAGCCAGAGAUUAAAGUGGCCCUAAACGUGAACCGUCUCAGAAUAGGAGUGCUGAUCUAGGAUUAGUUUGCCUUUUAGAACAAAAUUAAUAAGAUUAUAUGGACAGAUCCUAGAUCAGCACUCCUACUCUGAGAUGCUUUGUGGGAUACGGACACAGAUCUAGGAUCAGCUUAUUCUCCCCCUUUUCCAACUUUGACUCCAGAUGGACUUUUACUUCACAUUGCCUCACUGACAGAGGAUCAUCGUGUACAAGCAGCAGAGGUGGAAAAAGUACUCAAUUGUCAUACCUUAAUAGAAAAUUACUCAAGUAAAAGUGAAAGUCACCCAGUAACAUAUUACUUGAGUAAAAGUCCAAAAGUAUUUGGUUUAAAAUAUACUUAAAUGUCAAAAGUAAAAGUAUAAACCAUUUCAAAUUCCUAAUAAUGAGCAAACCAGACGGCACAAUUAGAAAAUAAAUGAUUUAUUUAACAGAUAGCCGGGGCACACUCCAACCCUCAGACAUCAUUUACAAAGUAAGCAUGUGUUUAGUCAGUCCGCCAGAUCAGAGGCAGUAGGGAUGACCAGGGAUGUCUUGAAAAGUGUGCGAAUUGGACCAUUUUCCUGUCAAAAUGUAAGAAGUACUUUUGGGUGUCAGGGAAAAUGUAUGGAAUAAAAAGUACAUUAUUUUCUUUAGUGUAGUCAAAUUAAAAGUUGGCAAAAAUAUAAAUAGUAAAGUACAGAUACCCCAAAAAACUACUUAAGUAGUAUUUAAACAUUUUUACUUAAGUACUUAACACCACUGGCAAGCAGUCUGCAAGAAUCUCACUACAGGAGACUGAAAACAUCCAUACAAGACCAAAGGAGUCAUGAAUGUAUUGUGAUGCCACAUUGUACAAAGUGAUUCAUGUCUUUUUUUCCUGUGUAAUGCUUUGACUGGAAUGGUUCUUUAAUGCUUUGAUGGGAAUGGUUCUUUAAGGGAAAUUGGCUAGAAUUCCCCAUAUUAAACUCUUAACUGGGAUUUCGACUAGGUAUCAUCCUUUAAAAAAUGCUUUAAAAAAAAGUUCAACUUACCAGGUAAGUUGAACACAUUCUCAGUUACAGCAACGACCUGGGGAAUAGUUACAGGGGAGAGGAGGGGGGGUGAAUGAGCCAAUUGGAAGCUGGGGAUGAUUAGGUGGCCAUGAUGGUAUGAGGGCCAGAUUGGGAAUUUAGCCAGGACAUCAAGGUUAACACCCCUACUCUUAUGAUACGUGCCAUGGUAUGUUUAGUGACCACAGAGUCAGGACACCCGAUUAACUUCACAUACCAAAAACAGAUUUCCACUCAAUAAUUGAUGGAUGUCAAUGGCCAAUGGAGGGCCGAAGCACUAUAGUCUUCUUUGUGACUCUUGCCAUUGGUUACUGGCUGUUAACACAACUUGAGUGUAUAUGAUACAACAUAAAACAAUAUAACAUUACUGUAUUGAAGAAAUCAGACAUGUAGGGUCACAAAUAGUGCAAUACACUGAACUGAAUGGACUUACCCCAUUGAAUACCAUACAAGAUUAUCAAAAUGUAUUUGCUCUGUCUCUUUAAUGCCACUUGGUGCCUUAUUUCUUUCAACAGUGUAUGAAAUGCAUGCAGGGCACAUAAACUGCUAUUUUAACCUGCUGUACAAUAGACUAUCACUUAUCAUUUUAAUCACUUUUGUAAAAAAAAAAAAAAAAAAAAAAAGAGAAAUAAAGCAAAGAAUUUGCAGGCUCUUCAUAUUGAA